AUGGCUCCCAGCCGCAGAAAUGACCCCGAGCGACGGCUGUCUCACUCGCGAAACGACCCCGAAGACCCUAGCGAUGAGGCAGCUCGCGAUCUAGCCGCCCUAGAGGAGCGCUAUCCUCGAACCUCGACAAAUUUCUCCCGACCUCGAAACUCGCGCCGCUCCCAUACCGACCCCAACAAUGAUCCAUCCCAGCGCACCUCUACCGAUUCCUACGUGAGGUCUGGCCCCCGCCACCCUGAUAACGAAGGUCCGCGAGUGAGGACCGGCGACCCUUACGAGUUGCAGCCGAUCCCAUCCAGAACUGAGCUGUCCAGCGACCUGCCGCGCGUUCCGCACUACUCGAUGGACCGGACCGACAAAUCUCUUACCUCGCCCGCCGACAAGGCCAGCUUGAACUUUAACGAGACGACUAAUGCGAAGUCGUCGGUUCGAGAUGACAUCAAAAAGUACCUCCACGAGAGGCGCCAGAGGAAAUUGGGACCCAAGGCGAAGCCUACCUGGAAGGAUCGCGCGCGCAAACAGCUCGGCGAAUUCCACCAAAAGGUCAUUCUCGAGACGAUACUUCGUCAAAAACCUCUCGUGCCCCUAGCAGAUGGUCGUCAUAUCCCUCUCAACCCCGAUCACCGGAAGCCAGAAGGGCUUACCGACGAACGCUCCGGAAAACCAUAUGUCAGCAACUUUAUCCGCUCCAGUCGCUAUACUGUCUAUGAUUUCGUCCCGAAGCAGCUCAUCUUUCAGUUCAGCAAGCUCGGAAACUUUUACUUCUUGGUUGUUGGUACUAUUCAGAUGAUUCCUGGUCUUAGUACUGUUGGUCGUUGGACUACCAUCGCUCCUCUCGGCGUGUUUGUCGCAUUCAGUAUGCUUAAGGAAGGUUAUGACGACUACAGGCGAUAUAUCCUUGAUCGUGUCGAGAACCGCAGCGAGGCUUGGAUUCUGGGCGCCCGUGACCGUGUUGGUGAAAAGGGCCGAGUUAGGCAUGCCGAGAAGAUGAGGAGAAAGAAGAAAAGGCAACCUGAAAACGGCGAGGAGCACAUGCUUGAAGACAUUGAAACCGGCACGGUCAGCACAGCAAAGACCAGCGACGAUGGCGAGUGGACGUCGGUUCAGUGGCAGAAUGUCCGUGUCGGCGAUGUUAUUCGCCUCCGCCGAGACGACCCUGUACCCGCCGAUAUCAUUCUUUUGCACGCCACGGGCCCCAAUGGCAUUGCCUACAUUGACACUAUGGCUCUUGAUGGUGAGACCAACCUCAAAAGCAAGCAGGCUUGUUCCUUGCUGGCUGAGCGUUGCAGCACGAUGGAGGGACUGCGCUCAACCCAGGCUACUGUGGUUUCUGAGAACCCAAACCUGGACCUCUACACUUACGAGGGCCGGGUUACCAUUGACGGCGAGACCCUUCCUACAUCGCAUAGCAACAUUGUCUUCCGUGGAUCUACCCUCCGAAACACCGUCGAGGCCAUUGGUAUUGUUGUCAACACCGGCGAGGAGUGCAAGAUUCGCAUGAAUGCCAACAAGAACGUCAAAGCCAAGAAGCCCGCGAUGCAGUCGGUCAUCAACAAGAUGAUUCUGGUUCAGAUCUUCAUUGUCCUCAUGCUCACCAUGGGCCUGACAAUCGGCUACUACCUCUGGAAGGACAGGACUGAGGAUAUCGCCUUUUACAUCAAGCGGCCUGGCAUUUACAACGCUAGCGUGCCCUGGAAGGAGAUCUUCUUUGGUUUCUUGAUCAUGUUCAACACCCUGAUUCCUUUGUCACUGUACAUCAGUCUCGAAAUCAUCAAGUUGGGACAGCUUUUGCUACUUCAAGACGCCGAGAUGUACGACCCGGCCACUGACACACCCAUGGUGGCCAACACAACCACGAUCCUUGAGAACUUGGGACAGGUUAGCUAUGUCUUUUCGGACAAGACGGGAACUCUGACGGAAAAUAUCAUGCGCUUCCGCAAAAUGUCGGUGGCAGGUGUGGCUUGUCUCCAUGACAUGGAUAUCCAGCGAGAAGAGGAAGCAAUGCGCAAGCGGCUUGAAGAGUUGGAUCGACCAAAGAAGGGCAAGUCUAAGAUGCGAGGCCAAUCAAAGAUCAAGGGUUUCGAUGGCGAGUACGACGACGAUGCCGCAGGCAACGGGUUCCAGAGGCCACAGCCUUCUCGGACGCUCUCGACCAGAUCAGCCAGCCACUGGAGAUCCUCUGUCCACAUCGCUGAUGACACUGACAUGAAGACGGAGGAUCUGCUCAACUACAUCCAGAGGAAGCCCAACUCGACGUUUUCACGAAAGGCCAAGCACUUUCUGAUAUGCAUUGCCCUUUGCCAUACUUGCCUCCCGGAGAGGACGGAUGACGGCGAUAUUGCGUACCAAGCCGCCUCUCCUGAUGAGUUGGCGCUCGUGGAGGCUGCCAAGGACCUUGGUUUCCUGGUCAUUGACCGGCCUGCACAAGCCAUCAAGCUCGAGUUCCGAGACGCAGACGGCAAUCUCCAAACAGAGUCGUAUGAAGUUCUGGAUGUGAUUGAGUUCAGCAGCAAGCGGAAGAGGAUGUCUAUCAUCAUCCGUAUGCCCGACGGCCGCAUCUGCGUCUUUUGCAAGGGCGCCGACAACGUCAUCAUGCAGCGUUUGAGGUUGAACCACCUUGCUGAGCAAAAGAUGAAGGAUAUUGGCCGUCGAGCCAGUGUGCGCAAGGUCUCGGAGCAGGAUAGGGCCCUGCGACGCAUGAGCACCCAGGCCUCGGACCCUUACGGUAGCCCUCGCAACAGCUUUGGUUUCUCAAGAGGCGAGUCUUCCAACCGAGAAGGCCUCAGACUGAGCUUGGGUCGACGUUCGACCGACUUUAACAAGUACUCGCAGCAGCACAUGGCCUCGCCUCGGGAAUCUAUGGAAAUGUCGAGCCCGAGGCAGAGUUUGGGCCGAGCGCCGUCGUUUGAUGAGGUUGAUCGUAGGAUUGAUGAAUCAGUGGCAGCAAGCGAAGGCGCCGUGUUCGAGAAGUGCUUCCAGCACAUUGAUGAUUUCGCAAGCGAAGGUCUACGAACUCUGCUGUACGCAUUCCGCUACAUCGACGAUGACUCGUACCGACAGUGGAAGGCGCAGUAUAGAGAGGCUGAAACCAGUCUUGUGGAUCGCCAGGAGCGUAUCGAAGCUGCUGGAGAUCUCAUUGAGCAAAAGUUUGAGCUGGCCGGAGCGACAGCCAUCGAGGACAAGCUCCAGGAUGGAGUUCCGGAUACCAUUGACAAGCUGCGUCGGGCAAACAUCAAGGUGUGGAUGCUCACUGGCGACAAGCGUGAGACAGCUAUCAACAUUGGACAAUCUGCCCGCGUUUGCAAGCCCUGGUCUGAGGUCUAUGUGCUGGAUGCGACUGUUGGCGACUUGAAGGAGACCAUUACGACGACUCUCAACGAUGUCUCUCGCGGUAUGGCUCCUCACACGGUUGUCGUCGUCGAUGGGCAAACACUUGCCAAGAUUGACGACGAUGACGACCUCUCUCUUCUCUUCUACGACCUCGUCGUCCGUGUCGACUCUGUUAUCUGCUGCCGAGCCUCUCCCUCGCAAAAGACCAACUUGGUCCGCUCUAUCCGAAGAUAUGUUCCCAAGUGCAUGACCUUGGCUAUCGGAGACGGAGCGAACGAUAUUGGUAUGAUCCAGGCCUCGCAUGUGGGCAUUGGUAUCUCUGGUCGCGAGGGUCUCCAAGCUGCUCGUAUCUCGGACUUUUCGAUUGCUCAGUUCAGAUUCCUGCAGAAGCUGCUCUUUGUUCAUGGUCGCUGGAACUACAUGAGGACAGGCAAGUACGUGCUCGGAACGUUCUGGAAGGAGAUCCUCUUCUUCCUUGUCCAGGCUCACUUCCAGCGCUUCAACGGAUACACAGGCACGUCGCUCUACGAAUCUUGGAGUUUGACUGUUUUCAACGCCGCAUUCACGUCACUACCGGUUAUUCUCCUUGGUAUCUUUGAGAAGGACCUCAAGGCGGAGACGUUGAUGAAGGUACCGGAGCUGUACAUGUUUGGCCAGAGGAACCUCGGAUUCAGAUUCACGCAAUACUUUGGAUGGAUGGUGCAGGGUGUUGCGGGGAGCUUCGUCAUCUGGUACUUUACGUUUUGCGAGUACGACAAGACGCUGUUUGACGAGGACACGAGUCUCUUUGCCAUGGGCAUGGUUGGCUUUACCGUUGCCGUGGUGUUUAUCAAUAUUAAGCUCCUGAUUCUUGAAGUACACACCAAGACGAUCAUCACGUUUGGUGGAUGCGUUAUCUCUGUGGCUGGAUGGUUCUUCUGGAUGCUGAUCAACUCGGCGCUGUAUUCGGAACACAUUGGUCCCUACAUUGUUCGAAACGCCUUUAUCCAUAACUUUGGGCACACUCUUGCGUGGUGGACGUCUGUCUUGCUGCAAUUGGUGGCGCUCAUUGUCAUGGAUCUGGUUGUCCAGGCCAUCCGACGCGUCUACUUUGCAGGAGACCAGGACUUGAUGCAGCGGAUUGAGAAGGAUGGCAAUGUGGACAAGAUAUUUAAUCCUGCUAGCCUUGAGGAUGGCGAUGAAGAGCAAAAGGUCCAGCAGGAGGACACAGCUCCUCGCACGCGGGAGGACCACCAUAGGCCGAGGUUCACACCGCCGGCAGAGGAGCGAGAGAGUCCUGCAGAUCAGUGGCGUCGUUGAUGAAUGGGGGAGUUUCAUUUGUUUUCUUGCGGUUGUAUAUUUUAGUGCUGGGAUCUAGCAGUACAUCGGGACUGGCAUGGCGUUUUGGUGGACAGAAGCUGGAGUUGAGUUGGGUAUUGAACGAGCGCGCGUAUUGCUAGAAAUAGGCAUAUGGGCAUGAAUUAUGGACAAUUAUUAUGUGGAGGAUUCUAGUGUGUAUUGUCUAUUUCUGACCAAAAGUGUGGGAUGUCUGGCUCCUGAUCUGGUGUUACUGGUGGGAGGUAGCAACUCUUGAGUAUCAUCUGCCCACGUAUGUGCAUGAAGAGAAUGAUUGCCUUU